UUGCUGGAGGUACCAGGACAUGCUAAGACAACAAAACGACUGUGUCAAAAUGGAGCAAGGAAGCAGAAUAUUCUCUUUUCUAGCUCUCUUUAUCCUACAUACUGUCUCUGCAGAUCAAGGUUUUGCAGGAUAUUAUCCCUCAGUGCUUGUUCAACGUCGACAACCAUUGCCUGGAGCGCCGUCUAAGUUGCAUGAGAUCAACUAUGAACCGACUCCUUCGACACUGAAAAACCGCGAUCUUGAUGUUGACAAGAUCUUCAAGAAGUUUGAAAAGCGUUCUAGGCGCUCUAUUAACCCAGACUUUAGCCCAACAAUAGUCGAGAUGAAUUUAAAUGACAGUCAUCACAAGGCGUAUGUACACUGGUCUGGCGAUAACCAUGAAACAGUUGUUGUACUAACUGUUGAUCCAGUCAUGACCUCAAGAAGCACCAGUGCUGUAUGGAUCUCCAGAGACUAUGCUCAGACCUUUGAAAAUUAUACUCAUUAUUUUAACCUUUCUAAUGGUGCUCCAGCGCAGAUAAAUUUGUUCUUUUCUUCUCCCAUUGAUAAAACAAAGUACAUUUUUACAGACAGAAAGAAUAAGAUGAUUUACAGCACUACUGAUGACUGCAGGACGUUUGAAGGCACAGCAAUAUCAUUCUCACCUGAUGAUAUUUCCUUCCAUGUUUCCAACCCAAAUGUGGUACUUGCUUAUGACAAGACUUCUUCUGUCAAAAGGGGGAGUUUCUCCAUAUGAAAGUACAGAUACGUUGUAUAUUGAGCGUCAAACAGGUAGCAAAUCUGUGGUUGUCAAAACUGACUAUAACACAAAUACUGCAGUGUCUCUGAUCUCAGGAGUGACCAACUUUGAAGUGAUGAAUGAAUACAUGUUUGCUACUAAGCCUAAAAGCAGCCGCACCUCUGAUGGCUUAAUCCUGAUGGUAUCCUUAAACCGUGGUCCAUUCAGAGCUGCUCAAAUACCAACACAGAUGCCAUCAAUGGACUUCCUAGUGUGUGAUGCUUCAGAGAAGCAGGUGUUUUUAGCAGUAAGCCACGACCAGAGUACCACACACCUGUACAUCUCAGAUACAUCAGGGAUUAAGUACACAUUAUCGUUAUCUAGAGUGCUGUACUUCUCUUACAAAACUGGAAAUCCUUGGUUACGACGGUACAUCAGCUAUUCGUUUGUUGAUGUGCACAAAGUGGCAAGUCUAAGGGGUGUGUACAUUGCCACUCAACUGACUCCAGGGAGAGUGGGACGCCGUCACCUGGUAUCUGUGAUAACCUUCAAUAAAGGAGGAGAGUGGAAGCUACUUGAAGCACCAAAGGUGGACAGUCUUGACAAGCCAUUGAACUGUUUAUUGCCCAACUGUUCUCUUCAUGUUUCUCAAGAGUUUGGUAGUAAAUACCCUUACACCAGAUAUUCACCAAUGAUCUCCAGCGAAAAUGCUCCUGGUCUUGUCAUGGCAAUGGGUACAAUGGGAAAAAAUCUUCAGAUGAAUGCAGAUGUCUUCUUGUCUUCCAAUGGUGGUUUGACUUGGCAUGAGGUACUGAAAGGAUCUUUUUAUUACAACAUUGGUGACCAUGGUGGCAUUCUGAUUGCAGUUCCAAGGUGGUCUCCAACAAACCUGAUAUACUACAGCUGGAAUGAAGGAGAGACAUGGCUUACAACGAAAUUCCUUGAUACUGAAAGAAUGCGGGUGUAUGGACUUCUAACAGAACCAGGACAAAAAAACACCAAGUUCACUAUCUUUGGCUCUCAUAUCCAGAAACAUGAGUGGACUGUAGUGCAUGUAGAUCUGAGGAAAGCAUUAGGAAAAACAUGUUCUACUCAAGACUACAAGUUGUGGAGUCCAAGAGAUGAGAGAAACUCGUCUGCGUGUCUGUUGGGGGUAGCAGCCAAAUAUCAGAGACGUAUUGCACAUGCUCACUGCUUUAAUGGAUAUGAUUUUGAGCGUGCAGUGUCACAAUCCCCUUGUCCUUGUGUGAGGGAGGAUUUUGAAUGUGAUAUGGGUUAUGUGCUGAGUGGAGACUCAUGUAUAUGGGAUACAACAAGUGGGUUGCAGCCCACUUCCAUGCCAUCAUACUGUCCUGCAGGCACCUUCUAUACUAGAACCAAGGGGUAUCGUAAAGUGGCUGGUAACGGUUGUGUAGGAGGCAAAGAAGAUCUCUAUUCACCUGAAAGAGUUUCUUGUCCAGUUUCUUCCUUGCCAGAGUUCAUUCUGUAUGCCCAACAGGCUGCAAUCAAGCGACUAAGCCUCCCAUACUACUACCAAACCACUCUUCCCCUGACUGGUCUGAGGCAAACUAUUGCUGUUGAUUUUGACUACAAAGACAACUGUGUUUAUUGGGCUGAUAUUUCACUGGAUACCAUUAGUAGAGCUUUCUUGAAUGGAUCUGGAAUUGUUCAAACUCUGCAUACUGGCCUACGUCAAGUAGAGGGUCUGGCACUUGAUUGGCUGGGCAACAAUAUUUAUUGGGUAGAUGCUGGUGCCAAGAAAAUUGAAGUUUCUAGAAAAGAUGGACGGUAUCGUAAAGUACUGUUUACAGGGGGAUUGGACAGGCCUAGAGCUCUUGUACUGGAUCCUAAGGUUGGGUACAUGUACUGGUCAGACUGGGGAGCCAAACCAGUUAUCGCCAGGGCUCACUUGUCAGGUGAUAAUCGCACUGACAUAAUCAGCACUGACUUGCGCUGGCCUAAUGGUGUCACCAUAGAUUUUGUAGACAAGAAGAUUUAUUGGACGGAUGCUGGAAAGGAUAGGAUAGAGCGAGCAAACUUAGAUGGAUCAAACAGAGAGGUAGUGGUGUCUGUUGGUAUUCCUCAUCCUUACUCCAUCUCCAUAUAUAGAGACUCCAUGUUCUGGGAUGACUGGUCAACACACUCUAUCAUGCGAGCACAGAAAAGAAGAGGUGACAUGCGUAGGGUUGUGAAAAAUGGCUUAAGAGGAAUCAUGGACCUCAAGGUCUUUCAUCGAGACAUACAACAAGGUAGCAAUAACUGUUCUAGCCAGAGUAAGUGCAACUUCUUGUGCCUUGCUUCACCCACCAGACCAUUCUACACAUGUGCCUGCCCUGAUAACAUGCGUACAGUCACCUCAUUGUCUGGAAGGGUUACUUGUGAGUGCCUUAAUGGAGAAGAUUUAAUCAAUGGAGAAUGUCAGGCAAGAAGUGGUACUUGUGCUACAAAUCAGUUCCUGUGUAACAACAAAAAAUGUAUUCCUACAACCUGGCGGUGUGAUCAUGAGAAUGACUGUGGUGAUAAUUCUGAUGAACAAGGAUGCCCCUACUCAACGUGCAAGCCAACAGAUUUUAGGUGUACCAGCGGUACUUGUAUCAGACAGUCCUGGAGGUGUGAUCAUGAUGAUGAUUGUGGAGACAUGUCUGAUGAAAGGAACUGCACCUUUCCUACUUGUGGACCUUCCCAGUUCACAUGUGAUAACAAUCGUUGCAUAUGAACAUGUUCAUCUAGUCAGUUCACAUGCAGGAAUGGAAGGUGCAUCUCGAGAAGAUGGAUAUGUGAUUCAGACAAUGAUUGUGGAGACUUUUCAGACGAGAUUGGAUGUGCAACCACUACACCUCCUUUCACUACCUCACAUUCCACCACAGCACGAUACUGUCGAAGUUGGGAAUUUACCUGUGGAAAUGGAAGAUGUGUUCUAUAUUCCCAAUGCCAUGAUGGUAUCAAUGAUUGUGGAGACAACACUGAUGAAACGCAAUGCCACGUCACUUGUUCAAGCUCUCAAUUCACUUGCAAAAAUGGGAAAUGUAUUCCGCAGUUAUGGAAGUGUGAUAAGUWCAAUGACUGUGGAGACUACUCAGAUGAGAUUGGAUGUAAAUAUGGAACAUUGUCUCCAACGACAGCCAGAGCUUGCAAUUUUUGGGAAUUUAGCUGUUUAAAUGGAAGAUGCGUCGAUCGAUUUUUAUGUCAGGAUGGAGUCAAUGACUGCGGAGACAACUCUGAUGAGACAAAAUGUGUUGUCAGUACAACUGCUCCCCUGGCAUGCCCAACAGGAUGGAUGCAUUGCUCAAAUGGCAGCAAAUGUGCUAAAAAGUGUAAUGGAAUAUCUGAAUGUUCUGAUGGAUCCGACGAGAAGGGUUGUGUGUUUACCACGGCAACUUCACCAACAAGCACAUGUGCUCUGAAUCAGUACCAGUGUGGAGAUGGAAGCUGCGUACCUAAAAACAGUGUGUGUAAUGGGGUAGUAGAAUGUCACGAUCAUACUGAUGAAUUAGGUUGUGAAGGAGGAUCAAUGCUUCCUUCAAAAUGCUUGAAUGUUUCGACCAGUCAAUUUCUGUGUGAUGAUAACACAGUAUGCACCCCGCUUAGUCUUCGCUGUGAUGGUUAUCAUGACUGUAACGACAAAACAGAUGAGCUGRACUGCGACAACACUCUUGCAAUAAGCUUAGUCCAGACGAUUACUAAUGCAAGCACUUGCUGUGUUUAUAUAUCCUGGACACUAAAAAAGGAAGGCUUGACAAAAUGGUUCAACAUAACAGGGCACAAGAUUUCCUACUGGCCCAAGGUUUUACAUGGGGAGGACAUUGAUCAGAUUUCUGCAAGCAAGUACAACAAGACACUUUACAUGGGUCCCCCAAGUUCCCAUGUAUUUAGAGACCUUGAAAUCUGUUCUGAGUACGAGAUCCAAAUACGAGUGUUAGGAUCUCGAUUUUAUGGACCAUGGACGGAGCCUGGAAAAAUCAAAACCGCCGUUGCAAAAACCAGUGCACCGCUUGACAUAGGAACAGUGAGAAUCAGCAACACCUCACUACAAGUGAAGUGGAGUGCACCAAAAACAAUAUGUCAAAAAAUAACCAUGUACAAGGUAACGUAUUUAAACAGUACAUGGAACGAAACCCAUCUAAGCCAUGACCGUAAGAUAACCAUAGAAGACGUCGAUCCUUUUCACAAUUACACUAUAACGGUGGUUGCCCUAAGUACAAAAGGUGAUAAAGUAUUUACAGGCAUACCAGCAACAGCUUCAUUUACUUUUUCUUCACCCCUGCCACAUAAAUUCAGUAAGUUAGCAUGGGCCAUACCCGUAGGGAUCGUGGGCCUGCUACUGUUGUUGCUACUAGCGUAUUUUGUACGCAAAUCUCAUCGUCUUCAGCGGUCAAUGUACGUUCUGUUGACAAGGAACUCUGAGGCUGGGGGUGAAGUGACUUUUCAUUCUGACGAAGAUGACCCCUUAAUACGUGGUUUUGCUGAUGAUGUCCCAUUGGUGACUGCCUAACAUGUUUUAUACUGCACCCGACAUGUUUUCACAAGCAAUAUAGGGGCAUGUAGGUUUUAGCUGUUCUGCGUUAAACGUGAAAAACCUUCUAGUAAGUUUGAUUGCCACAUGGGGGUGUGRACAGAGAACACUUCUGGAAAAGAGACAAAUUCUGGACAUAAMAAAGUUUGAAAGAUCAGUGAAAAGGAGCUCUCAAAUAGGAGGCAAACUUGCCACCCUCCAUAUUUCACUCCCACCCCCAAACCCGCCCACGCACGCUGAUUUAUGGCCACACCCAAAUGCUAUUCGCACCAGUCCCUUUCAAAGCGAGUAUAAAUAAGAGUGCCCCCAUCCGUCACUCUCACUCUUCACACCAGUAGCCGCUUCUCGGCAAGCAAGUGUCGCCAGGGAUUUUGUGCAUUCCUAUCUUGCCCUUUCACCAUCGUCGCACGACGAUCGUGUUCGGUUGACCCUCCCUGUUUUACCCACCCUAUGUGUCCUUUUCCUUCAUGUCACCGAUUGCGGUCGUUGUUCACCCCCACUCUUAGUUAGACGAGUGUGAAAGGGACUGAUGCAAAUAGUAUAUUAUUAGAACUAGACCCUGAAUGCCAUAAAAUUGCCCAGUAUAGAUUUUUGAAAUAUUUUUGGCUAGAAAUAUAAAAAACGUAUUUGCUGGUAAAUGUUAAAUCGUAAUCGUAAUCGAACCCCUAGAAAUUGUAGACACCAAAUCCACUAUUAUCAAACCUACCGAAAGUAAACUUCACUUCCGGUAGGAACUUCCGGUUUUUUGUUGAUCACUCCAGAAGUCAAAAUAAUGUAGAAUAUAUGAAAAUGAAUGAGAAUUGAAAAUCAUUUAAGUAUUGCAGCUAUGUAUUUUAUAAACAUUAUGAAAUACUAGAACCUUAUUAUAAAGAGAAAAGCUUCCCUUGAUUGCGCUGUGACUUUACUCUCUAAAUACUCAUCAUUAUUGCAGCUAAAAGUAUGUUAAAUCACUAAUGUAAAAUAGAUAAUUAAAUUAAAGAUUGUCACACUUGUAA